UAAGAAAACACUCAACAUCUCGCUGACAGUCGCUUCAGUCGUAGUGAUUGAAUAACCGCUGCAUUAUUUUCAUUUUAGGGAGGCUAUCGGAACACGGUUCCUACGGUGCUAGAAAGAAAAUGAUCCGCCAAAUUCUACUCAAAAACGACAUCCUGGUUCGUUUGGUGGCUGCCCGAGCCUACAGCCAAACUCCGACUGGUAGCAAACCUGCGGCGGCCAGCCAAGCAGCAGCUCCUAAACCAGUGAGUGCUGACGUCCCCGGAUUGAGCAGCAAGUGUGUUCACAGCAAGACGGGACCAAUCGGUCCGGGUGCUUCCCGAGACGGCGAGUACAAGGUUCCGGAGUACUAUUGCUAUGACAAAAAUAGCUACUUUGAGGCCGAAAUCGAAAUGAACAAAUUCCGGCUGCCACAACCAUCCUCGAAGCAGUAAAAGCGAAGCUUUUGUGAUUGAUUAGAGGUUGGCUAUAAAAGAGGUUAAAAUGUAAAUAGAAAAAUGAAUAAAAUGAAUGAAUGAAUGAA